AUGGUGAGACGCUACAUUCUGCUUCGGUUUUGUGUGAAGGAGCAGAUGAUGAACGAUCUGAUACACCUAGUUGGAGAGAAUUCAGUGAUGCCUCCAACCCACAACUUGGUUCUCGUCCUCCUAUGCCUGGCAACGCUACUACUUCUUUCUGUGUUUGCAAAGCAUGACAAACCAGCAGUAGAUAAGGCCAAAUUAUCCCGCUGGCUGACUGCGAAAGCAUCUAUCCACAAUCCUCCGAUUCCCCCAAUGAUGGGAUUAACUUUUGAAAAUUUCGUGGGUGAUUAUGGCUUGAAAAUAACAUUUCAACAGUUUCAAAAAAAGUACGACUGCUACCACUGCACAAACUGUGAUCUACAGAGAGGUGGCAAACAGCCUGUUAGGAGUGGGUGCAACGAAUGCGUGCUGAUUACUCAGCCAGAUCAAUCCUCAGACCGCCUUUGUAAUCAAGGCACAACCUCCAUCUGCAAGAACCAGAAAACCGCUUACUGCUGUCAGGGAUAUCUAUGCAACUUCUCUCAUCCAAGUCAGCGAGGUACUGACUGGCGACUACUGAUUACUCAGCCAGAUCAAUCCUCAGACCGCCUUUGUAAUCAAGGCACAACCUCCAUCUGCAAGAACCAGAAAACCGCUUACUGCUGUCAGGGAUAUCUAUGCAACUUCUCUCAUCCAAGUCAGCGAGGUACUGACUGGCGACUAGUCUGUGUUGUGACGACCGGAAUGCUCAUUAUUUCGAAUUAUCUAUGGUGA